CACUUCCUACAGCUCCCACACUCAACUCGUCUCGUUCAACCUGUGAAAACUGUCCAUUGGCUACCUCCUAGUGUUAGCACCACAAUGUCUGGGAAUCCUGCUGUGGUUAUGCGCCUGGUGGCGUCUGCCUACACUGUGGCUGAAAAAGCUGGAGCUAUUGUGAGGAGGGUCCUUCACAGUGGAGAACUUGGCAUUGUGGAAAAGACUGGUGCUAAUGAUCUGCAGACACUGGCAGACAGACUAGCACAGCAGAGCAUUUGUGCUUCACUGUCCAAACGCUUCCCUAAAAUCACUAUCAUUGGUGAAGAGGAGCUUCCAGCUGAAGAGGUGACUGAAGACCUCAUUGAAAAUGGCCAGGCAGAGGAAAUCCUUCAGAAGAGCUGUCCAGCAGAGUAUAGCGGGCUGAAAGAGGAGGAGCUAGUUGUGUGGGUGGAUCCUCUCGAUGGCACAAAGGAGUAUACUGAAGGGCUCCUGGAUAACGUGACGGUGCUCAUCGGUGUUGCAUACGGAGGCAAAUCUAUCGCAGGCAUCAUCAACCAGCCUUUCUACAACUACCAGCUUGGAGCAGGGGCAUCGUUAGGAAGAACCAUAUGGGGAAUGCCGGGAUUGGGAGCCUUUGGAUUUCAGCUGCAGGAAGUUCCAGGUGACACACGCAUCGUCACCACCACCCGUUCCCAUAGCAACAAUGUGGUAACAGACUGCGUAGCUGCCAUGGAACCCCAUGAAGUUGUGAAAGUGGGUGGUGCAGGGAACAAGGUAAUCCAGCUUGUUGAGGGUAGAGCUUCUGCUUAUGUCUUCGCCAGUCCAGGAUGCAAGAAGUGGGACACUUGUGCUGCUGAAGCAAUUCUACAUGCUGUCGGAGGUAAACUGACUGACAUGCGUGGAAAUCCAUACCGCUACGAUGCUAAUGUAAAGCACAUGAACUCUGCUGGGGUUCUUGCUACACUACGCAACCACGAGUACUAUGUCAGCAGAGUACCACAGUCAGUACUGCAAGCCCUGAAGUCAGAUUAAGGGCUGUCUCGAUCAAGAGUCACACUAAUGUCCCUCUGUGGAGCAAAAAAAAAAAUCAACAUUACGCUGUAAAUCAACACAGUGCAAACAUGCAGCACACUUCUUUAUGUCAGGAACUGUCAUAAAUUGUAAUAUAUACCCCUGUAAAUCAACAUAAUCUCAAAGGAACGUAAGUCUACAAGACUGAACAUGAACAUGACUGAACAUGGUAUGUGUGUCAUUCAGCAUCACUUAAUCAGGCUCAACAGCACUCCAUUUAUUUCACUCGUUUGAAACAAACUUGUACAAAUCUCAAAACAUUUGAACAUACCGUUUCCAACUUGAAGACCGAUAGAUUUACAAGGCAAAAGGCAAGAUUUAAAUACAUUUUUUAAAAAUACAUAGGUUAGAUGUCCAUUAGUGAGUUGGAAAUGAUUGAAUAACCACUAUUUGGGAACAAUGUCAUUCACUAGCAUAAUGACAACAACAAACUAAAUGCCACCGUCCUGACUUUAUGAUGUCAACAUCUUUACAAUGCCAUGCGAUGUUUUAUGACUGGAACAAUGUUGUGAGAGGUCUACAGCUGUGAAUCACCAGCUCUCCAAAUAUGAGCUUUGAACUGUAACCACUUUUAAAAAUGAAUAUACUGAAAACUAUUCUUUUAAAUCCUGUGUGAUAUGCCAGUUUCUUAUCUAACAAGAUUUCAUGUUCUUUUCAUUUUUUUUACACACCGUCUUCAUGUGUGCCGGCAGCUCCGUCUCUACUGUUCUACUUACCUACUGUACUUAACAGAGUGAAGGACACAAACUCAAGAGUUCUCGCUGUUUGCUUCCCACAUUUGCCACAUACACUGAAUUUACAUAAAGUAAGAACAGAAAACUUCAUUUUUAAAUAUUGCAUUGUUUUCCCCAUUUUACACCAACAAUGGAAACUCUUCAAACACUCCUUCAGUAAUGUGAGGGCUAAAAAAGGUUCAUAGCUGGAUGUUGGUUGUGAAAAGAGGCUGGAAACACUGCUGUAAUAUAGAGCAUCUACUCUAUAUGAAUGUCCCAGUAAAAUACAGCAUAACAAUGCUGUGUACUGUUUUUAAAGAUCAAAUAGGCUUGAAUGGUCUGUACAGAUGUGUAUACUUGCAUAUAGCAAGAUUUCUAGCAAUAUUUAUUGCACUUAAAAUUAGCAAAAUCUUAAGAUAUUAUUUAUCUCCACGCAGAGAAGAACAUUCUUGAGUCGAAGAGAAAAAUCAUGGAAAUGUCAAACUAGCUGUUUUUAAGCAGUGUACUACUGCAGGCAUGUUUAAGGGGACAAUGGCAGUAAUUAAGUAAAUGACAUGAACAUUAGAUCAGUUAAGGAGAGAAAGGAAAUAUUUGGCCCUGUGGUCUGGGACAGUCUAUGAAUUUUACAUCGGCUAGGGCAAAUAACCCAUCUCAGUCUCACAAGUGUGCAUGCAUUCACAAAAUCACUAUGGAAACCGUUAAUCUGAAAGCAGGGAAGCAUCUUUUCUUAACAUCUUGCCCAUUUCACAAGAGGUUGGUUUCAAUAUUGCUGAAUGGACUGACUAGCAGAAGUGAGGGCUGAGUAAUACAUAUGGUUAAAAAAAAAAAGAAA